AUGCGCACACCUGUCAGGGCCCUCGUCGCCCUCGCCACCUUCUCCUGCGCCGUCCUCGCCGUCCCCCUCGACCCCCUCGAGUUCGGCCAGCCCUACGUCGGCGCUCCCUCGGGCGACAUCUUUCGCUCAGAGGGACAGCUCGAGUGCGAGAUGCUCCGCAUCAGCUUUGGCGGCGGCGACGGCCCGCCGUACUCGAUCAACUUUGUCAAACCCCCCGCCUCGCACAACGCCUCGCUCGACGACGUCCAAGUCCUCGAGCGCUUUGGCUUCAUGGGCAUGGCCGGCUUUGCGUUCGCCGACGUCGACUCGAUGGCCAACCUCACAGACGGCACCGAGGUCGCGCUCCAGGUCAUCGACCGCUCCGGCCAAGUCGGUUACUCGGUCAACCGCCACAUCCGCAACGCCCGCCUCAACGAGUUUUGCCACCUCCCCGGCGCCUUCUGGCCCCCGUCUCGAUGGGACGGCACCCACUUCAGCAUCAUGCUCCUCGUCAUCUUUCUCGGCGGCCCCUUCAGCCUCGGUUUCCUCGCCUCGUUCCAGCGCGAGUGGGUCAAGGCGCGCCAGGCGAGGCGCACCGCCGCACUCGAGGCCGGCGCCGGCGCCGGCGCGUCGGCGGCGGGCGACGUGCAGCUGCAGGAGCGAGGGUCUGCGGCUCGAGGCGGGCGCGAGCAGCAGCACGUGCUCGGCGACGACGACGACGAGCGCACCUCGCUCGAGGACGAGGACCGACCGCUCUUGCCGGGCGGUGAGGGCGCAGGUGGCGACGGGCACGAGCCCGAGACGGCGCCGCCAGGGUACGAGGAAGCGAUCAAGGAGGACGGCGGGACUAGAAGGAGCGGCGACGAGGCAAGGGUCUGAGCGCAGGCGAGGAGCCGCCGAACUUGUAGCACUUUCUGUCCCUCUCUCGUGCCAUGUUGUUCGACUCGCUC